CAAUAUGAUAACGAAUCUGAAGUGCAGACGAUCAGUGUAUAUAUUUUAAAAGACUGCCACCACUACCGCAAGUGAUUGGUAAACAAAUCCGUCGCAAGAAAUUUAAUUUACGUAUUUCUUAUCAUAGGCACUAAUAUUUGUGUAGCGACCAAACAACUGAUAAGAGUUUUGUUUCGUAACAUUAACUUCGGUGCUAUGCAAAACAUGGCUAGAGCCGGUUUCCGCAUCGCUCUACUCCAGCUGAAGGUCGGUGCAAACAAAGCUGAAAACGUAAAAAAUGCCCUGCUGAAGAUACGUAGCGCUGCGCAGGAACAUGGAGCCCGGAUCGUAGCACUACCGGAAUGUUUCAACUCACCGUACGGAACGCAACAUUUCGCCCAGUAUGCGGAGGAGAUCCCCGCCGGCGAAACCAGUCAAAGUUUGUCGGCUGUGGCGAAACAGUUGGGCAUCUACCUGAUAGGCGGUACCAUCCCGGAGAAGAUUGGAACGGAAAAUAAGAUCUACAACACUUGCACGGUUUGGUCCCCGGAAGGGUCUCUGAUGGCGACGUACCGUAAAAUUCAUCUGUUCGACAUCGAUAUACCCGGGGGAAUCACGUUCCGUGAGUCGGAUGUGCUCACCGGCGGUGAACAGUUGGCCGUUAUUCCCGUCGAUGGUGCUAAGAUUGGCAUAGGAAUCUGUUACGAUAUUCGGUUCGACGAACUGGCACGUAUUUACCGGAACCAGGGUUGUGAUAUGUUGAUUUAUCCGGGAGCUUUCAAUAUGAAAACGGGCCCGUUGCACUGGGAACUUCUGGCCAGGGCUAGAGCCACUGAUACUCAGUCGUAUGUGGCAACGAUUUCUCCGGCAAGGGACAAAUCAGCCGGCUACGUAGCAUGGGGUCACUCGAUGGUGGUUGACCCUUGGGCAAAGGUUGUGGCGUCGGCUAAGGAAGGCGAAGAGAUGGUUCUGGCGGAUGUGAAUCUAAAGACGGUGGACGAAGUACGUGAGCAGAUUCCGAUUUUCCGUCAGAGAAGAACGGAUUUGUACGAAACUAAACUGCUGUGAAAUUGAUCACUGGAAUAUGGACGGCUUCACUAAUUUUAGUGAUGAUGAUCCCAGGGUUUGGGUAUAUAACGCGAAUGUUAAUUAUGUCGUUACGUGUAAAUAAAACAAUGAUUAAUUU